UUGCAGGAGGGAGUUAUCCAGAGCGGAUUCAGGAGUGAGGCGGAGACAACACAGGAAGAGGCAGGCACAUAAGGUUCCAAUGGUGAUGGCAAACUAGCUGCUGUAGUUUCUACUUUGGUGGGAGUGCUUCAUGCCCAGGGGUUGUCGGAAUCUGUGGUUCUGGACCCGGUUUGAUCACUCUUUUUUACCAAUUCAUGCCUUAAUAAGCAGCGAUUCAGUCAAUUCAGUGUUGUUGUUCAAGUGAAAUUAUCUUUAUUGUCCUUAAAGCUCAAUUCUAGAAUCUCAGCACUGUCCCGAUUAUCUUUAGUGCCCUCUUCGAAUUCAGUGUCUYUYGAUGGAGCCUCUUGUGAGUGAGGGGUUCGGGUCAUCGGAYGAAUCAGACCGGUCUGACCCGAAACRUGAUACAACAGUAAACGAGCAGAAUAAGAGCAGUGGAACAGCAGRCUCUUCCUCCACGACCACUGAUAUGAAACGUUUCAAAGUGCUCGUCCAAACAGCGCUUAGAAAAGGAGGAACCAACCCUCCGUAUACGUUAAGAGAGGAGAAUGGAAAUGUUUCUCAGAUUUGGAAAUCUUUUGGUCAUGUGUGUUCUGCUGAUGGUGCUCCCAUACGGGAGCACAACAGCGCAUAUGUGGCCUGCAAAACCUGCAUUAGAGUCUAUGCGUAUAGCUCCGCACACGGGACAAGCACUUUGCGACAACACACUCGUCGCAAGGAGCCGGAAGGAGCAGGCCUCAUGCGCCUAUUUGCGACUUCCGCAGAGCCCACAUUGGCUCAAAAAAAACAGGAUGGCAAAAAAGACCGCCAUGUGGUGCUGCAAAGAUUUGCGGCCCUUCAAUGUGGUAGCCGACGAGGGUUUUAUAGACGUUGUGCAAGAAGCGUAUGACAUGGGCGCAGCUGUGGGCAAGGCUAUGCAGAUGGGAAAGGUGAUCCCGGUCCCCAACACUGUCAAACGCCGUGUUCUCGCGACAGCAUCCUCUGCCCGUGAAAAGAACAGCCUAAGUAAAACGCUCAAGCAGGAAAAUGUGACACGGUGGAACUCAUUGUUGAUUUCCCUGAAUAGCGUUUUGGAUAGCUAUGACGAAGUCACAGCUGUCCUCGCUAGGCUUGCCAACACUAAUAGGCAGGCCAAUAAACAAUUCCUCAUCACACAAAUUGACAAGAACUCGCUUGCGGAGCUCACAAGGUUCUUGAAAUGGUUUCAGAUUGCCACCCUGAGGCUGGAGCAGUAUUUGGAACCGACGCUACACCUUGUGGCUUUCGAGCGCAGUGCUCUGAUGGAGUACUGCAAACCAUGCCAUGAGCCAUACAACGGUGAGGACGCUGAUGGUAAUAAGUUUACUAUCCCAUCAGAUUCGGAAGACAUCAUCGCCAUCAAGAUGCUAACGAAGGAUGUGUUGCAGGAGAAAUGGAUUGUGGAAGAUCUGCAUAUUGCUGCAGCUUUACUUGAUCCUCAACAGAAGGACAGGUUGGACCGUUUUGGUUUUUCGGAAGGCCAGAUUGAGCGAGGAAAGAACUGUUUGAUAGAGAUCAUGCAGAAUGUGAAAGACACAAGUGCUGAAGCAAGUGAACAACCUGCAGCAGCGGAGGGAAAGCGGCCAGCGAAACGAAGGAAGAAAGCGCCUACAAGAGAAGUCCCCGACGAGUUAACGUUGUGCGGCACAGAUGAAGAUGAGGACGAGGAACUGCCCAUCGCUUCCAUGAGACCCCUGACGUUGAUACAACGCGUGAAGGAGUUGGAAUUCUACUUUGGCUUGAAGCUGACGAAAGACGAGAAGAAGAAGUUCGACAUAUUAGUGUGGUGGAAGGUGAAGGGGACAGUUGCAAAGAAUGCAGAGGACCAGUUGCUGAUCACACCUCCACCGAUCAUGGCGCGUGCUGCUCGAGCAAUCCUGUGUGUUCCUGCGUCGAGUUCCAAGAGCGAGUGCAAUUUCUCAGACGCAGGAAACACUGUCACAAAAAAAAGAAACCAGCUCAAUCCAUUCGUGGUGGAUAGUGUCCUUUUUGUUCGUUCCAACUAUGAUGUGCUGAACUGAUGCAAAUUUUCUACCUUUGGAGGCUAGAUAGUUUGCUGGAUUUCAGCCACGCUCAC